CCAGAAUCGGCCGAGAUGUCUACAUUCAGUGGCGAUGAGACUGCACCUUUCUUUGGUUUCCUUGGCGCUGCGGCAGCGCUUGUCUUCUCCUGUAAAUCGUUUGAUUCUCUUUUAAGAUUUCCGGAUUUUGUUUCUCUGAUCUUAUGUGUGUCUGUUGUUCUCAUGUUUUGUAUCUUGUGUUGUUUUCCUGACGUGGUGGAGUUUACUGUUGAAAUAGGCAUGGGAGCGGCAUAUGGAACAGCCAAGAGCGGUGUAGGUGUGGCAUCGAUGGGUGUGAUGAGGCCAGAGUUGGUGAUGAAGUCUAUUGUCCCAGUCGUUAUGGCUGGUGUGUUGGGUAUCUAUGGUUUGAUCAUUGCUGUUAUCAUCAGUACAGGGAUCAACCCAAAGGCUAAAUCGUACUACCUCUUCGACGGAUAUGCGCAUCUCUCUUCUGGUCUCGCUUGUGGCCUUGCUGGUCUUUCUGCUGGAAUGGCCAUUGGUAUCGUUGGUGAUGCUGGUGUCAGGGCGAAUGCUCAACAGCCAAAGCUUUUCGUUGGAAUGAUUCUUAUCCUCAUUUUCGCUGAAGCCCUGGCUCUGUACGGUCUCAUCGUCGGGAUCAUUUUGUCCUCCCGAGCUGGUCAGUCCAGAGCCGAAUGA